AUGAAUUAUUACUUUUUUGUUAUUGUAGAAGAACAAAAAGCACGUCGUCAUAUAUUUAUUGACCAUCUUAAAUAUGUAUUAAAAUUAAAUUUGGGAAAAUUACGUACGUUUCAAUUAGGAUUAAAUCAAUUUUCUGAUUGGACAUUAGCAGAAUUUGAUGCAUUCAAAAAAGGUUUAAAAAUUCCGCCUAGUAUACGACGAAAUUUAAUAGAUGAUGAAUCAGAUGAAGAUGCAUUACAACGUAGUUUAGCAAAAUUUUAUCAGCGUCAUCAUAAUUCAAGAAGAUUAAAACGAAAUUUGAAAAAACGUCUAUAUAAAGAUAGACAAUUGUCUGAAACAAGUAGCAAUGAUACUAAUGAACAAAUUAAAGCAUUUGAUUGGCGUACAAAAAAUGUUGUAACUAGUGUUAAAGAUCAAGGUCAAUGUGGAUCUUGUUACGCAUUUGCUACAACUGCAGUUCUAGAAUCAGUUUAUGCUAUAAAAAAGAAUUCUAAAAAACCUACGGACUUUAGUCCACAGCAACUAGUUGAUUGUUCAAAGGAAAAUUAUGGUAAUUAUGGUUGUAAUGGUGGGAAUUUUCCACCAAGUAUUAGUUAUUUUUCAGCAACAGGUGGUAAAAUAGCUACAGAAGCUUCAUAUCCUUAUGCUGAAGAAGAACAAUCAUGUCGAACAGACGGUGUUACUCAACUUGAUCUUGGUAAAGUUGAAUAUGUAGAGAUUCCUUUAGGAGAUGAAAAACAAAUGGCUGAAGCAAUUACUAAUUACGGACCAAUGUUUAUUGGACUUGAUGCUAAUUCCAAACUUUUUAUGUUUUAUCAAGAUGGUAUACUUAACAUAGAUAAUUGUCCAAAUAAUCCACAAGAUAUGGAUCAUGCUAUGACUGUUGUAGGCUAUGGUUAUGAUGAAGCACUUAAAACACCUUAUUGGAUAAUAAAAAAUUCUUGGGGAACAAAAUGGGGUGAAAAAGGUUAUUUACGUUUAAUUAAAGAUGCUGAUAAUAUGUGUGGUAUUGCUUCAAUGGCAUAUUAUGCUAAAUUAAAAUAA